AUGAACAAUGCAACACCUUUCCGCCAGACUUCCGACCAUCUGCAAUCGCCCAUUGGAGCCAAGAACUGGCUUGCGUUGCGUUAUUUCCGCGUGCGUACAAGCCGGGCCUCACACGAGAUCACCGGCUUGACGGGUCUGGUCCAGCAGGAACAGAGCGAGAGAGGAGGAGAGAGGACGUGGCACGAUGAUGACCCUUGCAAUUACUCCAUCAGGGCCCCAUGA